AUGCUUGUCAACGCGGAAACGUAUUUCGGCGUGCCAGUGGGAACGAUGAAGUACGCGAAUCUCGGUAUUCGUGCAGAAGUGCUACUUGCUGACGAUCAUACAAUCGUUCUCGACAAAUUCACCCACAAACCGCAACGAUCCGGAUGCACUGCUCUGACGAUAGGACCAGCCAGGCGAGAAGAUCUCAUACGAAAGGUAGGUGACGGUAUCCUGCUACCGUACACACAGCCGAACUUCUCUUGGGAAGAAGCACGGAUGUACAGACGAAGAGCAAAAAGGGGAUCAAACUUGAUUAAGAAAAAGAAACGCUCCAGGACGAUAUCGAACCGUCUUCUGAAGUAUGGGCCAAAUGCGAGAAGUACACCAUCUCCUGAAAACACGUAUACGACCACGUCAGAGAUGGAAAUGAUCAAGCCGACCAUCAUAGAUGAUUCUUCUGAAGAUUUUAAAGACGGGAAGCAAACUAUGGAACAAAGUGGAUCUGUGAAAUCACUCAUUCUACCCAUCAGAGAUGGGGAAACUCAUCGAAAAGCGACUGUGAGCCUUCCUGAUGUGACCACAACAAUGACUGCCAACACCUUUCCUACGCUGAUAACGGCUGAAGUGGAUGCGAGUCAAGAAUAUCCAUCUUCUACCAUACAACCUGAGCCGUCUAUGAUUGUUUUCGAUAAGGCUGAGAAACAUCGGUCGCAACUUCAGGAAGGUCGAACUCUACACCGCAAACUUCAGGAAGACAACGACAAGGAUAACAGUGAAGCAACACGUCAAACAGGUCAUUGGGACCCGUCAUUCUCUUUACCGCCAGCUACAGAUGAACAGGUCGCUUUUCUUCUCACAAAUGGUGCUCGUCUGUCUGAUUACAAAUGGAUUGGACUAUAUGAUCAGUGUAACAAGAAAUCGAUUCCACUAGUGUGGCUGUUGGACGUGGAUCCUCCGAGAGAGGAGGAAAUAGGUCCGCUGAUCGCCUUGGAACGGAAUGUUUCCAGUGGAGAAGUACGGAUACUGAACUGCAACACAAUCCUGAUCCCAAAUCUAUACUACGAAGCCGAUCAAAAACAUCCAAAUACGUUCUUUUUCGUCGGUGUUGGUAACGUCACAGACAUUAUUCAGCGAACAAAGGCACGAGCGAUCGGAUAUGAGCUUGAUGAUCCACUGGACGAACAUUCUGGCGAUGAUGUGAUGGUCCGUCUACCCCGAGGUGUUCGUACCUUUGACUUAGAUUUUCUAGAGAUCUAUAAUGAAGACUUAAACAGUACGUAUGGUUAUGUUACUCUGCCUAGCUUACUUGUUCCUCCAUGCGCUGAUGAUGUAUAG